UACAAUGUGAUUCCUUUUUAAUCAAACUCUGAAACAACACAACGAGGUCAGUUUUUUAUGAAUACCAAGAUUUGAGGAAUUGUACAAAACUGUAAAUGAGAGAACCUUGGGCUUGUAAAAAAAGUGUGUGCUUGACUUUGCACUGAUUCAGUUCUCAUAGUCACGUUGUCUAAACUUUUUUGGCCAAAAGAUGGCGCACUUUGUCUAAUGUGGGUGCAGCUGUCUAAACCGCAACACAGAGCGUAGUUUCACAUUCCAUACGCACGUGGAUUAGAGAUGAUCAGUAUUUGUUUUUAACUCAAGUACUUUGCCCCAUAUACUGUCUUCACCAACAACAGUGUCACGUGAAUGACGCCAUUUUAUGAAGUUUGUGACCAUUCAAUUAAACGGUUCUUUCAAUACACAUCAUUAUGAAGAUUACGCACGCACAGCAUGAGGAGAGGUGUUUUUUUCAACAGCGAGAAGGCUCAUCUCGCUCAUCAUCGAGUGCCACAAAAGUUUUCCUGCCCUGCCACCCAUCCAAAGGGCACUUUUCAAUCUUACCGCAUCUCAUUAAGGAUGUCAACUGGAGUUCACGCGCACCCGUUAUAGUGAUAAACAUAACAGUCAGAGGGUUAAUCACAGUGCAGCAGAAGUUAAAAUUAACUUUCAACUCAGAAGUUUUGGCACGGCCACGAAGUUGCCAAAAUUGACUUUUCAAGGGACUAAUUUGAAGAGUGAAGCAGCAAAACUAUACAUUUAUUAUAACGAGGAUAUACUACUGGGAAUAUGGCAGCGAUAUUCAGGGUGCAUCUGCAUACAAUCCAAGACAAAAUCAGUAGAAAUUUAUGGAAAUUUAUUUACGAAUGCAGCCAAUCGUCUAACCUGGGUUUACUACGAAGAAUCUCCAAUUCACAUGAAUCUAAAUGCUUCGUUUCUUGGAUUUGUGCCAAGAGUAAAAAUAUGUUUAUAAAUCUGGACCAAGGCGGCAAUUGCCAAAAAUGUUAAAUACUGAUCAAUAGAAAGAGUGAUCGAUUUGUGCGGGGCGUUGAUAUAGUUUUAUAGGCCACAAUACGAAUUACGAUCCUGAACAAACAUUACACAUAGCCAGUAUGGGCAUAAUUAGACAAAGACCCGACUGGAAAGAAACGCUGUUUUCAAUUACUGUUUGACAGUUAUCAAGGGGAUCGUGUAAAUUUUGUUUCGGUAGUUUUCUUUGAUACGCAAACUUUCAGAACAGAACCCCUGAUACAAAAUGUAACAUUAAAUUAAUUGAUUGAUGAAAUCAAGAAAUAAGUGCCAGAGCAUAAGUGUCUUUUUGUCGUAAUUCAUAUUAAAACAAAAUUUAUUAACGCAAGAAAUUUAAACCCAACGCUUCUAUGCGCUGUCCUGGUACUGCUUUUUCAUCCUUCCUGGGAGCACUUGUUAUCAAAACUUCUUCACUACCGAUACUGCUAAUAAACCAACAAAACAUUGAACCGACAUAAAUCAUGAAGCAAACAUAGUAAAACUACACGCUAAUCCAGUUUAAACAAGACCGUGGUAACAGAUUAUAAAGUACCAAUUCAUUAUCCUUGCGGAUUGACACGGAAAACUUGUUCACGGACAUCGACUGCUCGAAAGCGACAGGACACAUAUGCACGUGCUAUAGCAGAAGGAAACUUUUUUUUUCAUGCAUGUUCCCUCGCCCGUGUGUUCCUCCCCAUGAUAAGGUUUUAAAUUCAACACUUCAUUUCUUUUUCAUAUUCCACUUUCAAAUCUCAAAACAAAUCAUUCACCAGGCGUUUUCUAGAGUGAAAAUUAAGUUGACGAAGCAGUGAUUGGGCCAGAGGAGCUGAGAUUAAACGACACACACGCAAGAGUCCUCAAGUACAAAAUAUCCGGAAAUGAAAUACAUGCAUGAACUACGAAACAGGGAAGGAAAGCAAACUGGUAUUUUUAAACUGUCGAUUCGUUUUUGCCAAUUUUCCCUUUCAAAUAUUUCUGCACUGCCUGCCCAGCCCCAUUUUUACAAAGGCUUAAAAUUGAAAAUGUGAAAUAAAUGGGAAGAAAAUGCCCCAUCAGUAACACCUGGAAUGUCAGCUGGGUGAACACUGAUAUUGCGAUCACGUCCCGGUUCGAGCCUGUGGUUAAUCAGUAACUCUUUUUAUCUUGCUAUCUCCGAGGUCUUAUUUAGUUUUAAUUCUAUUUAGUUUAGAUUUGCAUAGGCCCUACUUGAAUUUUGAAAAAAAAAAAGAAAAGGCAGCGAGAAAAUUACGGUUCAGCCCUCUGUGUUUGGCUUGGCAGAAACAAAAAGGAUUUUAAUCGGUAGGACUUUGAAACUGCCUUUGAACAACUAAACUCCCUACGUCUAUGUUUAUACCAACAGUUCCUGGAUGUGGAAACAGAUGAGUUCGAUCAUCCGGAAAAUUAAAUCCUCCGAGGCCGUCGUUGGGAGGUGUUUCACUCCUGGCUGGUGUCCGUGCCGACUGUAAAAGGCCCCGGAUCUAGGCAACGACUAUUCAGUGCACGCUCAGUUUCAGGAAGAGAAGUAAGAGUAUGGUAGUCCUCUCCGAUGGAAGAGCGUGACUGAGACUGGAAACGAAACAUCGAUUCGAACUGCAGGUGCCCUGCGUUAAAAGGUGAAUUUGGACGCAAAGAUCAAUUCGGUCAUUUUGUUGGAAGGUCUGAAUCGACCAGCGUGACAUUGAAGUCACCUACCAGAAGAACCUACCUGUUGUUGUUUCAGUUGUUUGUAGGAUGGACGGACGCCGUUAACGUUGGGGAUCCACGCCGUAUACGGCCUGCUGCUUUUAAGAGCCGCGUUUUUCAAUCUUUGAACAGUAUAGGUCCAACAGUCACACGAUGAGAAAUUGUUGCUGUUCAAAAAACUGGGCUUAUGUGUUCAGCGUGCUGGGAGCAGUUCUGAUUAUACUCGGUGGGGUACUGGUCGUAGUCAUUAAUAAUUUUAUCGACACUACAGUUGAAAAGGACACGACUUUGGUAGAAGGGUCGACAUCGUUUGAAACCUGGGUGGAGGCGCCAACUCCGGUCUACAUGCAAUACUACGUCUGGAAUCUCACUAACAGAGAAGAAUUUUUGAACGGAAGUAAGCCUGCCUUUGAAGAAGUUGGCCCUUAUACUUACAGGGAGAUCAGAAGGAAAACUAACAUCUCCUUCAAUGACGAAGAUGGAACUGUGAGGUUUUAUGUUUACAAGGCCUACAUUUUUGAUCGAGAGCAGUCAGUGGGAUGGGACAAUGACACGUUUUCCACUGUGGAUCUUUUGACCAUCACAUUUGGCCAUUUGAUGACAUACGAUGACAUGGGCAAAUAUUUGCACAAACUGAUUCACGGAGGAUCCCAGGCAGAUUUCAUAAUUGACGUGUCGGUAAAGGGAUUUUUGUUUGGUUUCGAGCAACCGUAUUUCAAGUUUCUGAGCGGUUUGUUACCGAUUGAAUUACCGGAAAAAUACGGGAUAUUCUAUGGGUCAAACGACACAGUCCAGGAGGAAUGGGUUGUAUACACAGGACAAACGGACCUCUCCUUGGUCAACCAGAUCAAGACUUGGAAGAACCUAACGUCGCUUGAAUACUGGAGCAACGAAUAUGCCAACAUGCUCAACGGAACUGACGGACAAGCCUUUCGUCCAUACCUUGACACAACUGAUGCAUUAUACGUCUAUGUGCCAGACAUAUGCAGGUCUGGUGUCAUAGAGUAUAUGGGCCCCAAUGAACUGCGAGGCAUACCAACAGCAAAGUAUUCUGCCCCGGCAUUCCAGUACGCAAGCGCGGAGGAAUAUCCAGACAACAUAGGUUUUUGCACACCUGACGAGAGCGGGUGCACUCCAAACGGACUGCUUAACGCAACGGAGUGUAAAACUGCACCUAUAUUCUAUUCCUCUCCACAUUUCCUGUACGGAAGCAGCAAUCUAUUAGACAGCGUAAUAGGAAUGAAUCCAAUACAACAGCAACACAUGGUGGACUUCGACAUCGAAACGCUCACUGGUGUUGCAAUGCAAGUUUCUAACCGUUUACAAAUCAAUAUCCGAGUCAAUCCGCUGCGCCAAAUCAGAGAGGCAAGAAAUGUCCAUUCCGUGUAUUUUCCUUACUUCUGGCUGAACGAGAGUUCAGCUUUAGAUGAGGCUACCGCAGAUUUCUUCAAGUCGGAUGUUCAAAAUCUUCUGCUUAUAGCGGACUGUGUCAAGGCAGCGGUUUUUUCGGUUGGCGCAGGCAUGUUUGUAGGAGCAGUGAUCAUUUUUAUGGUGAGGUGCAGCCGGGUGAAAAAACGAAGGAAGCUUACUGACAGGGAUGUCAUUACCGUGCAAGAGGAACCGAAGACAGACAACGGGGUAAUUAACACAACAUACGACCACACCUACCAAGAGUUAAUUAGGCGGGAAUCAGAGGGACCGUCAACAUCAGGAGACAAUGCCACGGCGAAAUCAGACGAGAAUCAUUAGGUCCCUUUACCAAUAAUUGGCUCAGCUAUUCUUCUAUGAUUUUUGACAGUGUCAAAGGAGGCUGAAUAUAACGAGUCGACUUAAUAAAAAGCCGAGCGUCUCUCAUGAGUCCAUGAGUACACAUUUAUUCUGUCUGAAUGCAGGCUUUAUACAAGGCGAUUUAGAUCCAUUCAACACGCGGUGAAAGAAGUCACUCGAGAAAUCUAAGUUGUUCGCCUUGUUCCUAGCUUAGUUUUAUUUAACGGCUAGUUUUAUUUGAUUGAAACUUAUACGUAACCAGUGCUCUGAACCGUCCAACCUGUAAGAUUGUCUAUGAAGAGAGAAACACAUAAAUAAAAAACAAACAAAUUUCACGAGCGGUUUACUCUUUUCAGCAUACGUUUAGCUGUGGUCAUUCCUGAAGUUUCAUUGUACAUAUUCUAGUGUUUAGAGACAUUAAGUAUUGGUGCACGUGUUACGACAUAUGUAAAUUGAAUGACACCUGCUUAUGACUCGUGUCACCAAAGUACAGAAAACAUGCUCCCUGUUAUUGCACCUUGGGAAACGCAUAUGGUAAUUAGCGAGUUGAACAUUGUAAAAUCAGUGCCUUAAUUCUCUGCGUAACUACUGUCUUUUGUAUUAGAGCCUGAAAGUAAAAGGUCACGCUUCCGGAACCCUCGCGCGGUCUUCCUGUGGGGAUUUUACGUUGGGCCGUCCUAUCACGUUCGAUAAUAUUUGGAAGAAUAACUCCUAAUGGAAACCAACCCAUGAAACACUCAUAUUGGAAUUUUACUUUUGUCUUCCUGAAGUAAUAAUAGGAAAAGUCACAUGGAGAUAGGUAAAAAGCGAAUUUUCUUAACGACCGUUCACUCCCAGCGAUAUCGUACCUAGGUCUCCAUGCACGUUUGUUUUCACUGCCCGUGCUCACGU